AUGGCGCACUCUUCUCCUUCGCGGAGGAGCCAGCACGAUAGCAACAUCAAGUCAAGCCCCGAACGAGGCUUCACAGCAGAUUUUCUCUCCGAGAAUCGUAAUUCAGAGCUGAGCCAUCGCGAUGCCCUCGCCGCUGCCCAGCUCGAGCACGAGCGUGUUCGCCUCGCCGCUUUGAGGGUCUAUGAGGUCCACCAAUUGCAGGAGGAAAAGCAAAGGUUGGAAGCUGAGCAACGGAGGAUAGCACAGCUACAAAAAGAGGAAGAAAAUCGCCUCAAGGCAGAAGCAGCAGUGCGCGCCGAGCAAGAGAGGCUGAGAGAGCUCAAGGCCAAGCAGAUUCCUCAACUCCCUCCCGAACCCGUACCUGAACCGCCCAAGCCGGAGCCGAAGAAGUCGCAAGAAUCUCAGGUCAAUGGCACAACGGCGGCCAAAGCCGAGCCCGCUGCUGUGCCGCCGGCCGCACCAAAGCCAGCCCCCUUGACAACCGCUACGACAUCAGCUCUCCCAGCCGUGAAGGCACCUACUGCAGCGCCUUCACCAGCACCCGCACAGGUCGUUGCUACGCCGUCAACCCAAUCCAAUGGUUUCCUCACGAAGCCCGCAGCAGCGCCUCCAGCCCCGAAGCCCGCUGUUCAGCCUGCCGCGCCUGCACCAGUGCCAGCUCAACCGACUGUUGACAGGUACACCCAGAUACACCAAGCUCUCAAGAAGCUGCGAAAGGACGUCGAAGCCCUGUCAAAACAGCCUGGGAAUCCAUUGAAGGGCAAGUUGGGAGAAAUGCGGAGACAAAUCAGGAAGUCUAUUGGGCAGCUGACUGCUGGCAAAGGAGCAAACGCGCAACCCCUUGCCACGAUCAAUGCCGCACUGCGCGAAUCUCUCGGCGGCCAGGUCCCGUCACCUCUAAUCGACGCAAGCACAUACGUGCAGCAAAACAGGGAGCCAGCCGAAGGCGCUGUUAACAACGGACCGCAGCUACCGGCCCUGUUCAUAUACCUCCUCAACAUCCUCUCCAAGGCGAUCAUCCAGCAAUUCUCCAACGAAGGCGGCGCGAACCCAAAGUCGGCCGAGCCGGUCGGCAUCGUAACGGCGCAAAUCUUCUCCAACAAGGACUACCACUGGCGCGGCGGCUCCAUGAUCGACAUCCUCAUCGCCAAAUUCCGCGUGGCCUGCCCCGUCCUUUUCGGCUCUAGAGGCAGCGACAAGACGGAGGGCGGCCGCAGAGCCAUUGGCUGGAAGAAGGAAAACGGCAACUGGGUGCCCGAGCAGGCGCACAACGACAGGAUGACGGGUCUUGGCGCCGGCUUCGCGGCCAUUGCGCUCCGGGACUUCAGCAAGGCGUCCAAGACGAACCCUUACCCGCCGACAAACUACUGGAAGGCCAUGGCGCAGAUUGUCAACUCGCCGCCGCAGCUCGUCUCCAACACGCAGUACGUGGUGCUCAAGUCCAUGAUUGACGGUCACGAACAGCGCUUCAUCAACUUUUACGGCAACGCUGCCGUCGCGGCCCUCAGGAUGGCGUUGGUGGAGUUUCCUAAGAGAGCCCCUCCGGGGGCCACGGCCGCGCAGGCGUUGCAGGUCCUAGGCGACGUUUUGAGACGAGACUCUGGGUUAGAUGUGGCAUAG